CCACCACCGCCACACCCCUCAGCGUCCGCCUUCCUGCGAGCGGGCGGAAGCAUAACAGGCACCGACGGCUCUAUGCAUCGAGCGGUGGCAAAAUGCCUUUGGCAGACAUCAUUAGAACCAGUUAACGCUCGUGCCUCAUACAAAAUUUACUUUACACAAGCACUGGCGAGGAUGUGCUCACCUGCAGCACGGCGUCGGCGACGGGUCGCGCAGCGCCACGCGCUCCAGCGCCACGCCCGGCGGCAGCGGCGUGUCGGGCAGCUCGGGGGCGGCGCUGAGCACGCGCGUGACGCCCAGCGCGCGCACGCGCUCCACGCGCAGCGCCGACGCGGCGCACAGCAGCAGCCCCUCGCACACGCGCGCCACCUGCCCCGCGCCCCCGCCGCCGCCGCCGCCCCCCUCGCUGCAACACACGCGCGCGGCGCGCCCUUCAGGUGGCGAGCCGGCAGGGGCGGUGGCGGGGACCUUCCGCAGCCGAAUGGAGAGAUCCGGCGACGACCUAAACGUCGGCUUGCAUCGCCCCAGCUGGCUCAAGCUCUAAGCACCCGACUGCGUUCCCGUGCAUGUAAAGGACAUGAUAGAACAAGGAAGAGGAAAGAAAGAUUGCGCGCGAUCCGUUGCCCGUUUGUUACGGCACUGCUCCGAUAUUCGCCUGGUAUGUAA